AUGCGACUCGCCAAAAGAAUUCAUGCGACUCAUAAAAAGUUCAUGCAGCCCGCCAAAAAAUUCAUGCGACUCGCAAAAAAUUCAUGCAGCCCGACAAAAAGAAAUUCAUGCGACUCGCCAAAAAGAAUUCGCCGACUCGCCAAAAAGAAUUCAUGCUCGCAAAAGAAUUCAUACGCUCAAAAAAUUCAUGCGACCCUUAAAAAGAAUUUCAUGCGACUUCGCCAAAAGAAUUCAUGCGACCCGCCAAAAGAGUUUCAUGCGACUCGCCAAAAAAAUUCAUGCAUGCAGCCCGACUCGCCAAAAAAGAAAUUCAUGCGACCCCGCUCAAAGAAUCAUCAUGCGACUCGCCAAAGAAUUCAUGCAGCCCAUAAAAAGAAUUCAUGCGACUCGCCAAAAGAAUUCAUGCGACUCGCCAAAAGAAUUCAUGCGACUCGCCCAAAAAGUUCAUACGACUCGCAAAAAAGAAUUCAUGCGACCCGUCAAAAGAAUUCAUGCGACUCGCCAAAAAUGAGUUCAUGCGACCCGCCAAAAGAAUUCAUGCGACUCGCCAAAAGAAUUCAUGCGACUCGCCAAAAAGAAUUCAUGCGACUCGCCAAAAGAAUUCAUGCGACUCGCCAAAAGAAUUCAUGCGACUCGCCAAAAAUGCAGCCCGCCAAAAGAAUUCAUGCGACUCGCCAAAAAAGAAUUCAUGCGACUCGCCAAAAAGUUCAUGCGGCCCGCCAAAAAGAAUUCAUGCGACUCGCCAAAAGAAUUCAUGCGACUCGCCAAAAAGAAUUCAUGCGACUCGCCAAAAGAAUUCAUGCGACUCGCCAAAAGAAUUCAUGCGACUCGCCAAAAAAAAUUCGGCCGACUCGCAAAAAAAUUCAUGCGACUCGCCAAAAAAGAAUUCAUGCGACUCGCCAAAAAAAUUCAUGCUACUCGCCAAAAGAAUUCAUGCGAAAGAAUUCCCGCCAAAAGAAUUCAUGCGACUCGCCAAAAGAGUUCAUCGCCAAAAAGUUCAUGCGGCCCGCCAAAAGGAAUUCCCGACUCGCCAAAAGAAUUCAUGCGACUCGCCAAAAAAUUCAUGCGGCUCGCCAAAAGAAUUCAUGCGACUCGCCAAAAAAAUUCAUGCGGCUCAUAAAAGAAUUCAUGCGACUCGCCAAAAAGUUCAUGCGGCCCGCCAAAGAAUUCAUGCGACUCGCCAAAAGAGAAUUCAUGCCAAAGAAUUCAUGCGCUCGCCAAAAAAAAGUUCAAAAAAGAAUUCAUGCGACUCGCCAAAAAGAAUUCAUGCGACUCGCCAAAAAAUUCAUGCGACCCGCCAAAGAAUUCAUGCGACUCAUAAAAAAAUUCAUGGCCCGCCAAAAGAAUUCAUGCGACUCGCCAAAGAAUUCAUGCGACUCGCCAAAAGAAUUCAUGCGACUCGCCAAAGAAUUCAUGCGACUCGCCAAAAAUUCAUGCGGCCCGCAAAAAAAAUUCAUGCGACUCGCCAAAAAGUUCAUGCGGCUCGCCAAAAGAAUUCAUGCGACUCGCCAAAAAGAAUUCAUGCGACUCGCCAAAAAGAAUUCAUGCGACUCGCCAAAAGAGUUCAUGCGGCCCGCCAAAAGAAUUCAUAAAAGAACUCAUAAAAAGAGUUCAUGCGGCCCGCCAAAAGAUUCGCCAAAAGAAUUCAUGCGACUCGCCAAAAAAUUCAUGCGACCCGCCAAAAAGAAUUCAUGUUGCUCGCCAAAAGAAUUCAUGCGACUCGCCAAAAGAAUUCAUGCGACUCCAAAAAAAGUUCAUGCCGUACCCGCCAAAAGAAUUCAUGCGACUCGCCAAAAGACUGCGACCCAAAAAGUUCUUUUGACUCGCCAAAAGAAUUCAUGCGACUCGCCAAAAGUUCAUGCGGCCGCCAAAAAUUCAUGCGACUCAAAAAAAAUUCAUGCGGCCUCGCCAAAGAAUUCAUGCGACUCGCCAAAGAUCAUGCGACUCGCCAAAAAGAAUUCAUGCGACUCGCCAAAAAAAAGAAUUCAUGCGACUCAAAAAAGAGUUCAUGCGACCCGCCAAAAGAAUUCAUGCGACUCGCCAAAAAAAGUUCAUGCAGCCCCCAAAAGAAUUCAUGCGACUCGCCAAAAGAGUUCAUACGGCCGCAAAAGAAUUCAUGCGACUGCGACUCGCCAAAAGAAUUCUCGCCAAAAGAAUUCAUGCGGCCGCCAAAAGAAUUCAGCGACUCGCCAAAAGAAUUCAUGCGACUCGCCAAAAAAAUUCAUGCGACUCAUAAAAAUAGUUCAUGCGACUCGCCAAAAAAUUCAUGCGACUCGCCAAAAGAAUUCAUGCGACUCGCCAAAAGAAUUCAUGCGACUCGCCAAAAAUUCAUGCGACUCGCCAAAAAAGAAAAUCAUGCAUGCCAAGGAUUCGCCCGCCAAAAAAAUUCAUGCGACCGCCAAAAAAAAUUCAUGCGGACCCAAAAGAAUUCAUGCGACUCGCCAAAAGAAUUCAUGCGACUCGCCAAAAAAAGAUUCAUGCGACUCGCCAAAAGAAUUCAUGCGGCCCGCCAAAAGAAUUCAUGCGACUCGCCAAAAAAAAGUUCAUGCGACUCGCCAAAAAGAAUUCAUGCGACUCGCCAAAAAGAAUUCAUGCGACCCGCCAAAAAGAAUUCAUACGACUCGCCAAAGAGUUCAUGCGGCCAAAAAAGAAUUCAUACGACCCGCCAAAAGUCGCUGCGACUCGCCAAAAGAAUUCAUCGCGACUCGCCAAAAAAGAAUUCAUGCGACUCAAAAGAGUUCAUGCGAUUCGCCAAAAAAAUUCAUGCGACUCGCCAAAAAGAAUUCAUGCGGCCCUGCCAAAAAUCAUGCGACUCGCCAAAGAGUUCAUGCGUGCCGCCAAAGAAUUCAUGCGACUCGCCAAAAGAGUCAUUCUCGCCAAAAAAAAUUCAUGCGACUCGCCAAAGAAAUCAUGCGGCCUCGCCAAAAGAAUUCAUGCGACCCGCCAAAAGAAUUCAUGCGACUCGCCAAAAGAGGUCAUGCGACUCGCCAAAAGAAUUCGUGCGACUCUGCCAAAAGAAUUCAUGCGACCCGCCAAAAAAAUGCGACUCGCCAAAAUUCAUGCGGCCCGCCAAAAAAGAAUUCAUGCGACUCGCCAAAAAGAGUUCAUGCAGCCCGCCAAAAAUUCAUGCGACUCGCCAAAAGAAUUCAUGCGACUCGCCAAAAAAUUCAUGCGACUCGCCAAAGAAUUCAUGCGGCCGCCAAAAGAAUUCAUGCGACUCGCCAAAAGGUUCAUGCGGCCCGCCAAAAAAGUUCAUGCGACUCAUAA